AUGUCUCCUUGUGAUGCGAAUGUAGCUUUUGGUAAUGAAAUACCCUUAUCUGUAAUAUCUAACACAGACAAUAUUCAGUCUCUUUCUACUAAGUCAAUUAUAGCUUAUAAUGCUGGAUCUCAGCAGUUCCAACUGGAAAGACUAAUAAAAUCUUAUUAUAAAGUUACUUUAGAUCUCAUUGAUCUGGAGAGACUGCGUAGAUAUAUCGGGAAUGCUGCUGCAAUUCACUUUAUUAGUGGAGGACUAGCUGGUAUAGUUAGCCGUACUGUUACAGCCCCAUUGGAUCGUAUUAAAGUAGUUAUGCAGAUUGCAAAACGCAAUCUAAGAAUACGUGAUGUAGUCACUUUGAUUCAUAUGGAUGGAGGAAUAUCUGGAUUUUUUAGAGGGAAUGGAGUAAAUUGUCUUAAGGUUGCUCCCGAGCUUGGACUUAAAUUCUAUAUAUAUGAAUAUUAUAAAAGCCUCUUGAAGUAUACAAGAAUGAAGUAUCUUGAUAAAGAAAAAAAUUUGAGGAAACCUGGGUACAGUCUUAAUUCUGAUUUAACUCUUAAACAUAGUGUUUCUAAUAAUUAUAUGUAUGAAAGGAUUAUUGCUGGUGGCUUUGCUGGAGCUACAGCUCAACUUAUUAUAUAUCCACUAGAAGUCGUGAAGACUAGAAUGGCUGUUUCCAAGGUCAGUCACUAUACUGGAAUUUUUAACUGUGCCUUACAAACAUUUAAUACAUGUGGCUUAAGAGCUUUCUACAGAGGAGCAAUUCCUGCAAUUGUUGGAGUAUUUCCAUAUUCUGGAAUAGAUCUAGCCUGCUUUGAAACUCUAAAAUCCUUACAUUCAAAAUAUAAGCAUGAAGUCGAACCCUCUUUAUUGGAAUUACUUUCCUUUGGAGCAAUAUCUUCUACCUUAGGUCAGAUAGUUUCUUAUCCUAUAGCCUUAAUAAGAACUAGAAUGCAAGUGGAUGGGAUGAAUGGUAAACCUCGAAUAUAUACAUCUAUAUUUGGAUCUCUCAGACAUGUUAUAAGGACUGAGGGUCCUAGUGCAGUUUAUAAAGGUAUAAGACCUAAUUUAAUUAGAGCAGUUCCAGCUAUAUCAAUUAGCUGGGUAGUUUAUGAAAGUACAAAGAAUUAUUUAACAACAAAAGUAGCCAUUAAUCCUAUUAAAUUAUGA